UUCCGCCGUCUGACACCUGAGGAGGACUCAUCUGGACUCAUCUCUCCUGGGACAACAUGAGUCUCCUCAAGGGGGGGGCGGUGACCCCCAUGUCCAACCAGACCACCAGGUCAGGGAACCGGACCGACGAGGGCUGCGGUCAGGUCAACGCCUCGGCCAACCUGGUGUUCAUGGUGGUCUACUGUCUGCUGUUCCUGGUGGGUCUGCUCCUGAACGGCUUCACCCUGAAGGUGUACUUCUGCAGCGGUCAGCAGAUGUCCAGCAGCGUCACCGUCUACCUGAAGAACCUGGCGGCUGCUGACUUCCUCAUGAGCCUGUGCCUCCCUGUACGAGUGUCCAACUACGCCAGCGCCACCGUCCUGGUCCGACGCCUCUGGUGCAACUUCGGAGCCUCCGCCUUUUACCUCAACAUGUACGCUAGCAUCCUGUUCAUGGGCUAUGUGGCAGCUAACAGGUAUCUGAAGAUCGUCCAUCCUCUGGGGACCCACGUUCUGCAGAGGGUCCGCUCCGCUUACAUCAUCUCCUCGCUCACCUGGGUUUUCCUCCUGUCCAUGAUGAGCGUCUACAUCCUCCUGUCCCUCAUUACCCAGCAGCCCCUGCCCUCUGUCCCCGUCUCUGUGACCUGUGACGUCCUCCACAGUCCUCAGGUGCGUCUCCUCUAUCAGAUCAUCCACUGCUGCUCCGCCCUCAUCUUCCUCUGCGUGCUGGUGUCCCUGGUGUUCUUCUACCACAGCACCUCCCACAGGCUGGCGCUGGCGUUGCACCGGCAGCCGGCGUCCUCGCGCUCCAAGAAGCUGCUCCGGUCUCGCAGGAACAUGCUGGUUCUGGUGGUGGUGUUCUGCGUGUGCUUCGUCCCGUACCACCUGGUCCGCCUGCCCUACGCCUUCAUGUACAGACGCUGCUCCUGGAGCUACGCCUUCUUCUACCUGAAGGAACUGACCACCGUGGUGUCGGUUCUGAACGUGUGUCUGGACCCGCUCAUCUACUUCAUCUUCUGUAAGGCCUUCAGGGCUCAGCUGAGCCUCAGGAGGGUCUUCAGCACCACAGAGGGGGAAACCAACACUGUCAAAACAGAGAGGAGGAGCAGCGGCGUCAGAGGGAACAGCCUGACCAAGCAGACGGUCCUGUAGCCGACACUGGGGAGUAGGGAUGGGAAUCUUUUUGAGAACCGGAUCCCAGUAGCUUGAUUCCUUGGAAUUGUUUGCCUGCUUUAUGAUUCUGCUUAUUGAUUGCGCCUUUGUUGCGCAUGUGUGAUGACAUCAUGUGU